AUGUGGCUUGGCAGGAAAAUUUUCUUCCUUCAAGCUCUCUGGUAUUUUUCCUCCAUUGGAGUUAGUUCCCACAGAUUGAAUGAAUACAAAUUUGUUGUCAAAGAAGCUCAUUAUACAAGACUCUGCAGCACAAAAACAAUAUUGACUGUGAAUGGAAAAUUUCCAGGGCCAAUUAUUAGAGCCUACAAAGGUGAAACAGUAUAUGUUAAUGUUCGUAACAAGGGAAAAUUCAAUAUCACUUUGCACUGGCAUGGAGUUAAGCAGCCAAGUAAUCCAUGGUCAGAUGGCCCUGAAUACAUCACUCAAUGCCCCAUAAAACCUGGAGGGAAAUUCAGGCAGAAAUUGAUUUUUUCUGUUGAGGAAGGAACCGUAUGGUGGCAUGCUCAUAGUGACUGGGCAAGAGCUACUGUCCAUGGACCUAUCUUUGUCUAUCCAAGAAAGGGUACACCCUACCCUUUUCCCAAACCUAAUGCAGAAGUGCCCAUCAUAUUAGGAGAAUGGUGGAAGAGUGAAAUCAAGGAUGUCUAUGAUGAAUUUAUUAGAACCAGAGGAACUCCAAAUGAUUCAGAUGCUAUCACUAUAAAUGGUCAACCUGGUGACCUGUUUCCUUGCUCAGAAUCAAAAACAUUCAAGUUAAAUGUACAUCAUGGCAAGGCUUAUCUUCUGCGCAUUGUCAAUGCUGCAAUGAAUCUGGUUCUUUUUUUCUCUGUUUCAAAACACAACCUCACGGUUGUUGGUGCUGAUGCCAGCUACACUAAGCCAUUGACAAGAGAUUACAUAUGCAUUUCUCCAGGACAAACGGUGGAUGCAUUGUUGUAUGCCAACCAAGUUCCUGAUAACUACUAUAUGGCUGCAAGGGCAUAUUCAAGUUCACCUCUAGUUGGCUUUGAUAAUACCACAACCACAGCUAGGCUUCACUACUCGGGAAAUUAUACUCCAACUUCAUCUCCUUCAUUACCUUAUCUUCCUUACUAUAAUGAUACAAAUGCAGCUUUUGACUACUAUCGUAGCAUUAGGGGCUUACCUGAGACAUACCCUUACAAAGUCCCUAUUAAUAUCACCACUCAUAUAGUUUCCACCCUUUCUGUUAACACACUCCCAUGCCCUGAAGGCCAAACCUGUGAGGGACCAAAUGGUACACGUCUUGCUGCUAGCAUGAACAACAUAAGUUUUGAAGCCCCCAGCAUUGAUAUCCUAGAAGCCUAUUACUACCAUAUCAAUGGGGUGUUUGGUAGGGGAUUUCCCAGUUUUCCUCCUUUGGUAUUUAACUUCACCGCAGAAUAUUUGCCUUUAAUCCUUGAGAUCCCAAAGCGAGGAACUAAGGUUAAAGUUAUUAAAUAUGGUUCAACAGUGGAAAUUGUUUUCCAAGGGACAAACUUGGUUGCUGGGAUAGACCAUCCUAUGCAUCUCCAUGGAACCAGUUUCUAUGCUGUUGGAUAUGGGUUUGGAAAUUUUGAUAAACACAAGGACCCCAUGAAGUACAAUCUCAUUGACCCUCCUCUUAUAAAUACAGUGCUAGUGCCUAUAAAUGGCUGGGCCACCAUUAGGUACAGGGCUGGUAACCCAGGAGUGUGGUUUAUGCAUUGCCAUUUUGACCGCCACCUCUCUUGGGGUAUGGAGACAGUGUUUAUUGUGAUGAAUGGAGAAGGACCUGAUGAAAAAUUACUACCUCCACCUGAAGACAUGCCACCAUGUUGA